AUGUGCGUCUUCUUCUGGUCCAUCGACCAGCCUGGCUUUGACCUCGUCAUCGCCAGCAACCGGGACGAGUUCCUCGCGCGCGGGACGGUCCCCGCAGUGUGGCACCGCUUCGGGCCGAUCCCUGACGACGAGACAUCGCCUCCCUCUGUGGCUACGGGACCGACCGACGAGCGGCCCAUCCUCAGCGCCAGGGACGAGCAGAGCGGCGGAACGUGGCUCGGCAUCACCCGCGACGGCUCCUUUGCCACGCUCACCAACUUUACCGAACCACCGCCUCCGCCGCCGCCCGGCCCGCACGGCUUUCAGAGCAGAGGCAACCUGGUCCGCGACUGGCUCCUCCGUGCCAGCGACACCGACACCGACACCGACACCGCCACGACGGCGCGGCCAUCCUCGGCCGCGCAGGACCGCCAGGCCAUCGUCGACUACCUCGGCGACGGCGUCGGGUCCCGGCUGGACCAGUUCCCCGGCUUCAACCUCGUCGUCGGCUCCUCGCGCCCGGACCGCACCAGCAUCGGCUACACGACCAACCGCACGCCCACGGGCCACCUGGCCGCCCACCGCCAGCCCGACUUUUUCAGCAGCCCUAGCUCGCACCACGACGUGGGCGAUCCCGUCGUCGUGACGGGCAACACGCUCACGCACGCCCGCGCUUCGUGCCCCGCGGUGGUGGCGCGCGGACUGAGCAACAGCACCCUCGAGCAUCCCUGGUCCAAGGUCGACCAGGGCGUAGAGCUCUUUGACAAGGCGAUGCAGAGGUACACAGGCUCUGCCGGCCAGGGCUCUGGACCUGGCCGGCACCAAGCAGCAGAGGAUGCGCUCAUCGAGGACCUCUUCGAUCUGCUGUGGACGAGCUCGGACCCGCCACCGCAGCGCAAAGAGGAUCUGCGCAGAUCGCUCCUCAUCUCCCCGCUCAAGGUCGACGGGCUGGGAUGGUACGCGACGAGGACGUCGACCGUCGUCCUGAUACGCAAGGCUCCCGCAGCCGCCGCGGCCGACGCAGAUGGCGUCGCCGGCCGCCGUCGGGCCACUUUCGUGGAACGCGACGUCUUUGAGCUGGACCAGGAUGCGGGUCAGCCCGUGAGGCGCUGCGGCGGGACGGGCUCGACGAGACAGGCUGGGCAGAGGAGGUAUUCUUGGACUCUUGACUAG